AUGUUGGACGUGAAGAAGAAAAGCAAACGCAUGAAGCUGGUCAGGUUUGAAACAUCGCCACCUAGCGUUCACGUUCAGAGCUCCUUCUGCUUCUACUGGUUCUUCUGCUCGCUCGGUGAGCCGGUGCAGCCGUGUUUAGCUCCUGUACAAUGGGAGGGUCGAUCUGUAGAAUAUGAUCACAGUACAGGCAGAAAUACAAGAGUAACACUUUCAUACGACGCACCGAACCAGCGCAUCAGAUUACUGGAGCAGAAAACCGGACACACACCCUGCAAAAAGUUCUUUGAGUACAUCUACUUGUACAAAAGUGGGGUGUAUUUUCAGAUUGAACAAGUCACCAAGACUUGUGCUAAGCUCAAUUUAACGGAGGCCUGGGAUCCGUAUGACAUCCCAAUGAACUCCACGUAUGAAGAUCAGUAUUUUAUUGGCGGCCCUGGAGACAUGAUCGAGGUUCAGGAGUGGUCUGACCGAAAACCGGCUCGCAAAGAUGAGACCUGGGUGGGUGUGUAUACUUUGAAGGACUGCUACCCUGUGCACGAGACCUACACCAAGAACAGCAGCGUGACCACCUCCACUCGCUUUUUUGACCUAAAGCUGGGUAUCAGUGACCCUGAAGUUUUCACCCCACCCAGCACCUGUCAGUUCGCUGUACCUGAACGGAUGGUCUCUGUCUGCUGAGCUUCUUAUUCCUGCAUAUUAAAUGUUUUGCAUAUAGCACACAUGGAGAGUAAACAUAUUAAACUUUGCUUUUUAAGAGGAAAAACACAACAACAUAUAUGCCUUAAACAUAAUUGCACAUGAAUGCACCAGAAACCAUGCACACAAACCCCAUUUUGCAUUUUGUAAAAUGCAGUAAAACU